AUGUAUUUGAACAACUUCUUUCAGAUAUACACUCGUUCGGUGAUCGAGCCCCUACCUCCUCCUCCGACCAAAGAUGCUGCAACCUCCCCCAUCUGCCCGCCAACAGCCGCCCCCCCCACCGCCGCCGCCGCCGCCGCUGGCACCCCCGCCGCCGCCGCUGCAGAAGGAGCUCCCAGCAGCCCUCCCAGUGCAAGCCCCGCCCCCGGGCCUUCGGUGCCCCGCCCCCAGGACAAAACCAGGAAGAAGAAGAUGUCAGACGAAGAAAUCCUGGAGAAACUACAUGUGCUCAGAUCUCCCUCUGCUGGGACGAUCGUGAGUGUGGGAGACCCCAAAAAGAAGUAUACACGCUUUGAGAAGAUCGGACAGGGGUGA